AUGCACACACUUUGCUGUGAAGCCGCUUCUGAGUACAAAACCGGAGCCGUUGGCGUAUAUGCAUGUUUGGCUGCGGCCUCGGUUGUUGACGCCUCUAGCUUUCGUCCCAGUCCCUCCUCCCCAAGUGUGCCACCGCUAGCAGGCUUUCCCACCGACAGUGCAGCAGAGAAGGACUGCAGGACUGAAGGCGCAGAAGACACGCCGAAUGCCUCCACCAAAUGGCAAGACUCUUGCAACAGCGUCAUCGAGGAGCCUUCCGCAGAAUGUAGUGCCGGAAGCACCUUUGUACAUAGUCUCCUGCCAGAGUGCCCUGCGCCCAAACGGCCCCGGCUGGAUGGGAUGAAGGCCCUGGUUCGGACCCAGCCCGAUGGCUACGAAGGCCCGCCGCCCCCAGAUGAGGUCGCUCAGGCGUAUGCCCUGUUAAACCUCCCGCUCAGCGCUCUGCGGAGCGAUGUGCAGCGACGCAGUCGUGCACUAGCUCGCGAGCGGCAUCCGGAUAAGGCUCCGCCCGAUCAGCGAGUCCGGGCAACUCGCCUCUUUCGUCAGUUGCAAGAUGCCAAGGAGAUAAUUUUGUCCUGGCUGCAGCAGAGAAAUGUUCCAGUGUUGGAUGAGUCAGAUGACUCACCUUGUCUAGAUAGUGCCGACGAAUGCGAGGAGGAGCCUUGCAGGCCGCCCGACGUUGUGUUCGGUGAGGCCGGAGAUGUUCUGGCAGAUUUUGACCAAGAUGGCUCCGGCGGUGAGUCGGCGCAAGAGGAUGAGAAGGCAGCCUGCGUCUACAAAGGGCGAGGGGACUCGCCUGACACUUUGUCCAGUAGUGAAAGUGGCGACGAGAAGGCAGAAACCGCGCUGGCGCUGCGGAGCAGAGGGAUAGUUCGAACGGAGGACUCGGCUCUGGUGCAGGCCACAGCGCUGAGUCAUUUCAUGGCCUCCCAGAGGAGACGUCCGCAAGAAAUGUGCAGCGAGUGCUUUCAGCGGAAGGUGAGCAGAGGCUCAGACCUGUGUUCAGAGUGCCACGAUGAAAUAAGUCAGCUUCGGAAGUGCCUCAGAGCAUGA